AUGCCGAGGUCCCCAUGGAAGGGAGGCUUCUUUGAACGCUUAAUAGGAGUAGUCAAGCACAUGUUGGAGACUACCUUACAGUGCAACGUCUUCAGCGAAAACCAUCUUUGCUCCCUCGUUAAAGAAGCUGAAGCCAUAGUCAACCACUGCCCCAUCAUGUACACGGGGGAUAUACGGAAAGACGAAGUGCUUACGCCCUCUCACUUAAUUCGGGUCGACUUAGUGAGACUGCUACCGCCAGUUGUUCCUCAUGAAGAGGUGUACCAGACCAUGACAACCAAGCCAUUAAGACAUAAAUAUUUUCAACUCACUGAAGCCCUCGAAUGCUUCAAGCAGUGCUGGCAACUUGGUUACCUGAGGCUGCUUCAAGAGCGCCACAAUUUCAGGGAGAGCCCGGCUACUAUGCUGCAAAUUGGCGACAUUGUUUUAGUGAAGACUGAGCAACAAAAGCGCAGUCAAUGGCCCUUGGGCAAAAUCAUUGCCAUUUACCCUGACAAUCACGGGGUGAUAUUAUGUUAUCUAAAGGUUCUCUUUGAAGGCGAGGAGCACCUGAGAGCAGUGGAACACACUGUGCGGCUAGAAGUGAAUACCCACGACGACAAGAGGGAAUCCAGUAGGGAACAGAACAGCAGGGAAAGUGAGUCAGAAGCAGGAGAUCUGGGCAAGUGA